AGAAAGAAAGAAAGAAAGAGCGCGCGCGUGUGAUGUGUUUGUGUAUCGUCAGUGUUUUUCUCUCUUGCGUGUUUCGUUGAGUGUAAACAGAUUCUUGUCUCUGUGUAUUUUAGUGUUAAGAUGAUGCAGGACACUACAGUGUGUGACAGUAAACAGAGUUACAGGAGGAUCAAACCUCCACAGAGUCUCUGGAUUCUGUCUGUAACGCUGGAGAACAGCAGCAGAUCCUGCAGACCAAACUGAAGAUGUGUUCAGUUAAACUCAUCGACUGCACGAGCCUCAUGAUGAAGAUUAAAACUGAACCCACAGAAAUCAAAACUGAACCCACAGAAAUGAAAACGGAACCCACGGAAAUCAAAACUGAAGCCACAGAAAUCAAAACUGAACCCACAGAAUUCAAAACUGAACCCACAGAAGAGGAAGAUGGCACUGAGGAAGAUUAUGUUUUUAUUCCAUUAGAUGUGAAGAGUGAUUCAUGUUUGGAUUUAGAAAUAUCGUCUUCAACAUCAAAAGAGCGACUGACAGCACAAACUCUUUCCUGCAUCACCUGUGGAAAGACAUUCAGCUCACAGAGACUUUUAGAGAGACAUGAGAGAAAACACACAGAACAGAAACUCUUCACCAGAUCUGAGAUCAGCUUUACUACCUUACAAGAGAAGAAACUUCAUUCAGAAGACCACAGAGAGAAGAAGAAGAAGAAGAAGAAGAAGAAGAAGCAGUUUCACUGUGAGCAGUGUGGGAGGAUUUGUGUCUCUUCCUCUGAUCUAAAUGUUCACAUGAGGAUACACAGUGGUGAAAAGCCUUUCAACUGCACUGAAUGUGGAAAAUACUUCAGAACCAACCAAUAUCUUAAAGUUCAUCAGAGAAUUCACACUAAAGAGAAACCUUUUCACUGUAGUGUCUGUGGGAAGAGUUUUAGUCACUGGAAUAACUUACGUAAUCACAAGAGGAUUCAUACAGGUGAAAAACCUUUCAAAUGCUCUCAGUGUGACAUGACGUUUGCUUGUUCAAGUAACUUAAUAGUUCAUCAGAGAGUUCAUACUGGAGAGAAACCUUAUCACUGUAAUGUCUGUGGGAAGAGUUUUAGUCAACAGACUUCAUUACUAAGUCACAUGAGAAUUCAUACAGGUGAAAAACCUUUCAAAUGCUCUCAGUGUGACAUGACAUUUACUGGUUUAAGUAACUUAAUAGUUCAUCAGAGAGUUCACACUGGAGAGAAACCUUAUCACUGUAAUGUCUGUGGGAAGAGUUUUACUCAACAGACUUCAUUACUAAAUCACCUAAGAAUUCAUACCGGACAAAAACCUUUCAAAUGCUCUCAGUGUGACAUGUCGUAUGCUCAGUCAGGUUCCUUAAAAUCUCAUCAGAGAGUUCAUACUGGAAGGAAACCUCAUCACUGAAUUGUCUGUCUGAAGAGUUUUAGGGUGAAGGCUUCAUUACUAAAUCACCAGAGACUUCAUACAGGUGAAAAACCUUCCAAAUGCUCUCAGUGCGACCAGACGUUUGCUUGUUCAAGUAACUUAAAAGCCCAUCAGAGAGUUCACACAGGCUACUCUUGAUCGUGCACUGUUUUCCUUGUUCAUACUGUUUAUUGAGCAGCUGUACAAUUUAUAGAAUUUUAUAUUUUGUGUUUGUACAGUCUUGUUCAAAAUAAUAGCAGUAC